UUAAAAUGAGAAAACAAAAGCCAAAACGGCUCCCCACACCCAAAAGCUUCUUCUGUCAGAGAUCCCAGUAGCCCCGGGAGAGCUGUUAGAAGUCUGAGAAGGAUUGGUCAUCAUCGCAUACCAUACAUAGGUGGAGGGCUUGUUAUUCUCAGUUUCCCGCCUAUGAGAGGAUACCCCUAUUGUUUCUGAAAAUGCUGACCGGGACCCACACUUCCAACAAAAAUUCCUCUACCCCUACAGCAGCAGCAACAGCAGCAGCAGAAGCAACAGCAACAGAUAAGUGUUUUGAUGAAUUGCGAGAUGGAUAGGGCUUGAGUGCCCCCAGCCCUGCUGAUACCAAAUGCCUUUAAGAUACAGCCUUUCCCAUCCUAAUCUACAAAGGAAACAGGAAAAAGGAACUUAAAACUCCCUGUGCUCAGACAGAAAUGAGACUGUUACAGCCUGCUUCUGUGCUGUUCCUUCUUGUCUCUAACUUGUAAACAAGACGUAGUAGGACGAUGCGAAUGGAAAGUCACAAACCGCUGGGUUUUUGAAAGGAUCCUUGGGACCUCAUGCACAUCUGUGGAAACUGGAUGGAGAGAUUUGGGGAAGCAUGGACUCUUUAGCCAGCUUAGUUCUCUGUGGAGUCAGCUUGCUCCUUUCUGGAACUGUGGAAGGUGCCAUGGACUUGAUCUUGAUCAAUUCCCUACCUCUUGUAUCUGAUGCCGAAACAUCUCUCACCUGCAUUGCCUCUGGGUGGCACCCCCAUGAGCCCAUCACCAUAGGAAGGGACUUUGAAGCCUUAAUGAACCAGCACCAGGAUCCACUGGAAGUUACUCAAGAUGUGACCAGAGAAUGGGCUAAAAAAGUUGUUUGGAAGAGAGAAAAGGCUAGUAAGAUCAAUGGUGCUUACUUCUGUGAAGGGCGAGUUCGAGGAGAGGCGAUAAGGAUACGAACCAUGAAGAUGCGUCAACAAGCUUCCUUCCUACCAGCUACUUUAACUAUGACUGUGGACAAGGGAGAUAAUGUGAACAUAUCUUUCAAAAAGGUAUUGAUUAAAGAAGAAGAUGCAGUGAUUUACAAAAAUGGUUCCUUCAUCCAUUCAGUGCCUCGGCAUGAAGUACCUGAUAUUCUAGAAGUACACCUGCCUCAUGCUCAGCCCCAGGAUGCUGGAGUGUACUCGGCCAGGUAUAUAGGAGGAAACCUCUUCACCUCGGCCUUCACCAGGCUGAUAGUCCGGAGGUGUGAAGCUCAGAAGUGGGGACCUGAAUGUAACCGUCUCUGUACUGUUUGUGUCAACAAUGGUGUCUGCCAUGAAGAUACUGGGGAAUGCAUUUGCCCUCCUGGGUUUAUGGGAAGGACAUGUGAGAAGGCUUGUGAACAGCACACAUUUGGCAGAACUUGUAAAGAAAGGUGCAGUGGACAAGAUGGAUGCAAGUCUUACGUGUUCUGUCUCCCUGACCCCUAUGGGUGUUCCUGUGCCACAGGCUGGAAGGGUCUGCAGUGCAAUGAAGCAUGCCACCAUGGUUUUUAUGGGCCAGAUUGUAAGCUUAGGUGCAGCUGCAGCAAUGGGGAGACGUGUGAUCGCUUCCAAGGAUGUCUCUGCUCUCCAGGACGGCAGGGACUCCAGUGUGAGAGAGAAGGCAUACCAAGGAUGACCCCAAAGAUAGUGGAUUUGCCAGAUCAUAUAGAAGUAAACAGUGGUAAAUUUAAUCCCAUUUGCAAAGCUUCUGGCUGGCCGCUACCUACUAAUGAAGAAAUGACCCUGGUGAAGCCGGAUGGGACAGUGCUCCAUCCAAAAGACUUUAACCAUACGGAUCAUUUCUCAGUAGCCAUAUUCACCAUCCACCGGAUCCUCCCCCCUGACUCAGGAGUUUGGGUCUGCAGUGCGAACACAGUGGCUGGGAUGGUGGAAAAGCCCUUCAACAUUUCUGUUAAAGUUCUUCCAAAGCCCCUGAAUGCCCCAAACGUGAUUGACACUGGACAUAACUUUGCUGUCAUCAACAUCAGCUCUGAGCCUUACUUUGGGGAUGGACCAAUCAAAUCCAAGAAGCUUCUAUACAAACCAGUUAAUCACUAUGAGGCUUGGCGACAUAUUCAAGUGACAAAUGAGAUUGUUACACUCAACCAUUUGGAACCUCGAACAGAAUAUGAACUCUGCGUGCAACUGGUCCGUCGUGGAGAGGGUGGGGAAGGGCAUCCUGGACCUGUGAGACGCUUCACAACAGCUUCUAUCGGACUCCCUCCUCCAAGAGGUCUAAAUCUCCUGCCUAAAAGUCAGACCACUCUAAAUUUGACCUGGCAACCAAUAUUUCCAAGCUCGGAAGAUGACUUUUAUGUUGAAGUGGAGAGAAGGUCUGUGCAAAAAAGUGAUCAGCAGAAUAUUAAAGUUCCAGGCAACUUGACUUCAGUGCUACUUAACAACUUACAUCCCAGGGAGCAGUACGUGGUCCGAGCUAGAGUUAACACCAAGGCCCAGGGGGAAUGGAGUGAAGAUCUCACUGCUUGGACCCUUAGUGACAUUCUUCCUCCUCAACCAGAAAACAUCAAGAUUUCCAACAUCACACACUCCUCGGCUGUGAUUUCUUGGACAAUAUUGGAUGGCUAUUCUAUUUCUUCUAUUACUAUCCGUUACAAGGUUCAAGGCAAGAAUGAAGAUCAGCACAUUGAUGUGAAGAUAAAGAAUGCCACCAUCACUCAGUAUCAGCUCAAGGGCCUAGAGCCUGAAACAGCUUACCAGGUGGACAUUUUUGCAGAGAACAACAUAGGGUCAAGCAACCCAGCCUUUUCUCAUGAACUAGUGACCCUCCCAGAAUCUGAAGCACCAGCGGACCUCGGAGGGGGGAAGAUGCUGCUUAUAGCCAUCCUUGGCUCUGCUGGAAUGACCUGCCUGACUGUGCUGUUGGCCUUUCUGAUCAUAUUGCAAUUGAAGAGGGCAAAUGUACAAAGGAGAAUGGCCCAAGCCUUCCAAAACGUGAGGGAAGAACCAGCUGUGCAGUUCAACUCAGGAACUCUGGCCCUAAACAGGAAGGUCAAAAACAACCCAGAUCCUACAAUUUACCCAGUGCUUGACUGGAAUGACAUCAAAUUUCAAGAUGUGAUCGGGGAGGGCAAUUUUGGCCAAGUUCUUAAGGCGCGCAUCAAGAAGGAUGGGUUACGGAUGGAUGCUGCCAUCAAGAGAAUGAAAGAAUAUGCCUCCAAAGAUGAUCACAGGGACUUUGCAGGAGAACUGGAAGUUCUUUGUAAACUUGGACACCAUCCAAACAUCAUCAAUCUCUUAGGAGCAUGUGAACAUCGAGGCUACUUGUACCUAGCCAUUGAGUAUGCGCCCCAUGGAAACCUUCUGGACUUCCUGCGCAAGAGCCGUGUGCUGGAGACGGACCCAGCAUUCGCUAUUGCCAAUAGCACUGCGUCCACACUGUCCUCCCAGCAGCUCCUCCACUUCGCUGCCGACGUGGCCCGGGGCAUGGACUACCUGAGCCAAAAACAGUUUAUCCACAGGGAUCUGGCUGCCAGAAACAUUUUAGUUGGUGAAAACUAUGUGGCAAAAAUAGCAGAUUUUGGAUUGUCCCGAGGUCAAGAGGUGUAUGUGAAAAAGACAAUGGGAAGGCUCCCAGUGCGCUGGAUGGCCAUCGAGUCACUGAAUUACAGUGUGUACACAACGAACAGUGAUGUAUGGUCCUACGGUGUGUUACUAUGGGAGAUUGUCAGCUUAGGAGGCACACCCUACUGCGGGAUGACUUGUGCAGAACUCUAUGAGAAGCUACCCCAGGGCUACAGACUGGAGAAACCCCUGAACUGUGAUGAUGAGGUGUUUGAUCUAAUGAGACAAUGCUGGCGGGAGAAGCCUUACGAGAGGCCGUCAUUUGCCCAGAUAUUGGUGUCCUUAAACAGAAUGUUAGAGGAACGAAAGACCUACGUGAAUACCACGCUUUAUGAGAAGUUUACUUAUGCAGGAAUUGACUGUUCUGCUGAAGAAGCGGCCUAGGACAGAACAUCUGUAUGCCCUCUGUUUCCCUUUCACUGGCAUGGGAGACCCUUGACACCUGCUGAGAAAGCAUGCCUCUGCCACGAGAUGUGAUAUAGAAGUGUACAUAUGUGCUGUACACCUGGGACCUUCACCACUAUAGAUCCCAUGCAUGGAUCUGUAUAGUAUGCUCUGACUCUAAUAGGACUGUAUAUACUGUUUUGAGUAAGAAUGUGCUGAAAUCAGAAUGCCUGUUUGUGGUUUCAUAUGCAAUAAUAUAUUUUUUUAAAAAUGUGGACUUCACAGGAAGGCGUGAGUACAAUUAGUAUAAUGCAUAACUCAUUAUUGUCCUAGAUAUUUUGAUAUUUACCUUUAUCUUGAAUGCUAUUAAAUGUUUUGCUAUGUCAAAGUAAAAUAUUGUUAAUAAACCUAACAAUGACCCUGAUAGCAAAGGUUAAGUGAGAGAAAUAUAUGAAUUCUAACAAGACAUAGGUUAAUAUUUAAGAGACUGAAAAAUCUCAGAUUCCUCUCUCUCAAUUUUAUCCCUUGCCUGUAGCAGCCAGUCCCAUUUCGUUUAGUCAUGUGACAACUGUCUUGUGUUUCCACAGCCUGCAAGUCAGUCCAGAAUGCUAACAUCUAAAAAUAGACUUAAAUCUCAUUCCUUACAAGCCUAAGAAUCUUUAGAGAAGUAUACAUAAGUUUAAGAUAAUGGGAUUUUUUUCUUUUCUUUUCUCUGGUAAUAUUGACUUGUAUAUUUUAAGAAAUAACAGAAAGCCUGGGUGACAUUUGGGAGACAUGUGACAUUUAUAUAUUGAAUUAAUAUCCCUAUAUGUAUUGCACAUUGUAAAAAGUUUUAGUUUUGAUGAGUUGUGAGUUUACCUUGUAUACUGUAGGCACACUUUGCACGGAUAUAUCAUGAGUGAAUAAAUGUCUUGCCUACUCACGUCUCA